AUGCCUCAAGGUCAGAAAAGUAAGCUCCGUGCCCACGAGAAGCGCCGCCAGGCUAGAGAAGAACCCAAGGAUGUAGAGGAUGCUCAAGCCACUGUAGCAGAGGAAGAAGAAUCUCCCUCUUCCUCAUCUCCUCAUUUGGAAGAUACUCUGCAGAUGUCAUCUGAUGCUGGAACACCUAGCAAUCAGCAAGAACCUGCGACAGCCUCAUCUACCACCGCUGCUGCUGCAGCUAUUUCAUACACAAGAUCUAAUGAUGAAGGUGCCAACAACCAAGUCGAGGAAAGGCCAAAUGCUUCACAGGCCAAGGAUGCCAUUGAAUGCUGUCACAAAGACCCCCUAGAAGAGAGGGUUGCUAUGUUGGUGCGUUACCUGCUGUACAAGUAUCAAGUGAAGGAGCCCAUUACAAAGGGAGAUAUGCUGAGAAAUGUAGUCCAGAUGUACAAGAAUCACUUCCCUGAAAUCCUGAGAAGAGCUUCUGAGCACCUGGAGCUGGUCUUUGGCCUCGACAUGAAAGAAGUGGGUCCCAACAGGAACACCUAUGUCCUCGUCAACAAACUAGAAUUAAGCUAUGAUGCAAACAGAGGUGUGCCUAAGACUGGCCUACUGAUGACCAUCCUUGGCGUGAUCUUCACAAAAGGUAAUUGUGCCACUGAGGAGCAAGUCUGGAAAGUACUAAAUAUGAUGGGAGUGUAUGACGGGAGGACGCACUUCAUCUAUGGGGAGCCCAGGAAGCUCCUCACUGAAGAUUUGGUGAAAGAAAAGUACCUGGAGUCCCGGCAGGUGGCCAACAGUGAUCCUCCACACUAUGAAUUCCUGUGGGGUCCAAGAUCCCAUGAGGAAACCAGCAAGAUGAAAGUCCUUGAGUUUUUGGCCAAGAUCCAUAAUACUGUCCCCAGUGCCUUCCCAAACUGUUAUGAAGAGGCUUUGAAAGAUGAGGAAGAAAGAGCCAAAGCCAGAGUUGAAGCCAAAGCUCGUACCACUGCCAUGGCCAGUGCCCAUUCCAGGGUCAAGUCCAGCAGCCUUUCCUGCCAUAAAUGA